CAGUGAGUUUAUAUCAACAAUUUUAAAUAGGGCUCGAACAGUUUGUUAUUUUUUUACCUGGCAAUAUUUUUUUGCUGUCAAUGUUAAAUCAACAAAUAUUUUGACGGGACGAAAUGUAGUUUGUUUAUUUCCUUUUUUAUUCAAUAAUAAAUACAAAUGAUAUCAGAUUUUGCCAAAGAAAAGGUCUUCUGGACCCGAAGGAUGAACCUCAAAUUAGUAAAAUACAUACAGAGUAAACCCAACAUCUGGAACCCGAAGCACCCCAAAUACACUUCCGUGGAGUGUAGGGACCGAACUUACGCAGAAUUUGCAGAGAAAUACGGCAACGAGUUCACGGGGCAAGCUGUGAAAGACCGGUGGACGAAUAUUCGCUCGACUUUUGCUAAUUAUGUGCGGAAAAUUACCGCCAGUCGCAUGAAAGGCGAUGGCGAGGAGUAUAAAGUGAACUGGCCUUUAUGGGAGGCGUGCCAGUUCCUCAUGAAGGUGAACAGGAGAGCCAAAGCCGACUUGUCUACUAGUGUUGUCGCCCAAUUUGAGGAUGAUGUUGAGAAAAAAGACAAUAGUGUAAUAUCAACAAAAGAAGAGGAAUGGAGUAGCGAUGGCAACGAUGCAGCCUCGGAUAGUUCCACAACAAACACAAACUGCACAACCCUAGCAAAUAACUUAGUUACUGUAUUCAAAGGAGUCCAAAACGAUGCCUUCGGUCUAGACAAUUCUAGAAACGGGAGAAUAGGCAGAGCUGUCAACAGAAAGCUGUCACAAAUGAAUUCUUAUGAUGCUGCUACAAUGUCACAUAAAAUUAUGGAAAUAUUGUUGCUCUAUGAUGUGAAUAACCCGUUAAAUCCAAAUACAUUAAAAUCUAACUAUUUGUGAUUAAA